CGCCCCUCGAUCUCACAAUAGCCUCAAUAUGAGUCACGCUCUUUCUCCUCAAUGACUUCAUGAAAUGUGCUGUUUGAGAUGUCAUCCGAUAGCCCUGACCUGAUACUACCGAUCCUAUCAAUCUCGACCUCCGAUGACGAAUACGGCGCCGAUGAGGAACUUUUACAUUUGAUCCUCUUUGCAACCGUGCAAGAAUGUCUACAAUGGAGGUUCAGACCUCGUGCAGGACCGACUCCCCUGCAUAAUGCGUCUUUCAGAGGUGAAACAAGGUUGCAAGAGCUUCAGGGACGUCACAGACAUGCAAUGCUUGCUGUCCUCGGCCUGGAACCGCCAGCUUUCUCGUCAAUAUAUGAGGAGCUUUAUUGGCAUGGUGGACUUCGAGAUUCUCGGUAUGUCAGUGCCAAAGAACAGCUUGCACACUUCCUGUACAUAUGCAGAGAAGGCUCUGGAGUAAGGCGGACAGCUGAGUACUUCGAUCGGAGCUAUCAUACCAUACACACGUGAGGUCUUUCCACAAUGUCCUUGAUGUCCUCAUUGCUCGUGAUUUCUAUCACAAAUGGAUCUGUCUGCCCUCUACAACAGUUUGGCCAACACCCACAGCCACCAGAGACCGUCUGUGGUACCCAUUCUUUGACGGAGCCAUCGGAGCCAUUGAUGGAACACACAUACCUUGUACUCCACCUUUGGACGAUCGAGACAGCUAUCGCAACCGUAAAGGAACUC